UCUGUCUCUCCAAGCUCCAAGUCUAACGCGCCUUGAUUUCGUGGCAUGGAAGAGAAAUCAGACGUCUCCUACAACUUUUCAUAACGGCACACACGUCGUCCGUGCUGUAUGCUUGCGACAGAUAUUCUCAAGUCUGUGUCGCUAGUCCUCACGUGGCUCGCUCUCUACGUCGGCUUCACUCCACCCUGUCCUCCCGUAUCAAAGGGAGACAUGGUAUACAGAGGCCAACUAUUCGAACUCAUUGUCAUGGUGCUGAUAACUCCCGCCAGGCUACCCGAGACAAUUCAGGAUGCCAGGAACGUGUCUUACUGGUAUUCAGCGCUCUUGAUGCCGGAGUAUCAUACGUCGUGAUCAAGACUGUGUGAUUGCGCUAUACUACUCCUGCUCUUCAAAUUCAGAUUGUUUCUGGAACGUUUGCCGACUGCGAACAAUUUUUCUGAUCAUGAUUCCGUCUGAUAUUUCCC